AUGAGCAUAAACAAAUAUAGAUCGAUCACUAAGGUUCUUUCUCAGCCUACUAUACUGCUUGAAAGGCAACUAGAACUUCAUAAUUUGAUAUUUGGUAUAGAGCAAUUAAAUCGAUAUAAGAUACUUUCACCGAGUACGAAUGAAACUGUGGGAUACGCUGUUGAAAGGCCAAAAAGUCUAACUGGGUUCAUACUGAGACAGGUUACUAAGCUUCACAGACCGUUUGUAGUCGACAUUUUUGAUAAUCUUGACAACCAUCUGUUCACAGUGAGUAGAAAGUUUUCUGCAAUUAAUUCACAUAUAAAGGUUUGGAAUGAUGAUUUCUUGAUAGGGGAAAGUGUGCAGAGGUGGCAUAUGUGGAGGCGAAAGUAUGAUCUAUUUGUCAAUAGGGGGAAAGCAAUGCAAAAUGUCACGUUGAGUCAAUUUGGAUCAAUUGAUUCCCCCUUCUUAGCUUUUGAAUUUCCUGUAUAUGAUGAAGUGGGAAAGAUUAAUGGAUGCGUAGAUAGAAACUGGGUCGGAUUAGGUAGGGAAUUCUUCACGGACACAGGUGUAUAUGUAUUGAGAUUUGAUUCAAGAAAAAGUUUCGAAGGUGUUUAUGAUAUGAGAAAUCUAAGUUCAACUAUAUUAAAUUUGAAUGAAAGAGCAGUAUUGUUGGGUAAUGCAAUUUCCAUUGAUUUUGACUAUUUCUCAAGACAUUCGAGACAUUUUGGUAGUGGGUUUAUAUCGUUUACAAAUGAUGAAUUUUAA